AUGAAUGUGUGUUGUUCUUCCAGCACUUUGAGGGCAUCGUUCGAACAACUAAAAACUCAAAUUGAGAACAUUGGAAACUUUCACAUCCAACUAUCUGAUAUAUUGAAAGAGGAGGUGAAAAAGAUUGAGAGUUUCAGAGAACGUCAGAAAGAGCAGAGGAAGAAGUUUGAAAGCAUCAUGGAGAAGGUUCAAAAGAAAAAAGUUUCAUUCUUCAAGAAGACCAUGGAGUCUAAGAAGAACUAUGAGGUGAAGUGCAAGGAGGCCGAUGAGGCAGAGCAGGGGGCUGAGAAAACAAAUGCUACGUCCAAAAACCCUGAAAAGGUAAAAACAAAAUACAAACUUUCAGAUUCCUUGAGAAAUGCACCACAAAAUGUGCAAAUGCCCACUGGCAGUUCUAUUUAUGAACUACAAGUUUCCAGCUGUCAGCUGUUCCAACAGUUGGAGGGAAAUCGCAUCAGCAUGCUCAGGUGUGCUCUCUGGGACCACUGCAAUCAUUUCUCCAUGCAAUGUGUCAAAGAUGAUGAGUCUUACGAGGAGGUGAGGAAAUUUCUGGAACAGUGUGACAUUACCAAAGACAACAACUCUUUCAUAGAAAUGAAAGGCACCGGAUUGAAGGCACCAGAGCCCAUAGUGUUUGAAAGCUAUUACAAGACGGGGACAGUCAGGGACAACAAUGGCCAAGCUCAUUUUGCAGGAGGAGGAGAAGAUCCCUCAAAGAGGUGUUCUGAUCCCCUGCUUGGAAGUUCUCUGAACACUGGCAUGGACAGUCCACUCAGCCCACGAUCUACACUGUCAUCCAUUGGAGAAUUUCAGCUUUCAGAUGACGGAUAUGCACCCCUUCCAUGCAUUCACCAAGAAGUGCCACUGUCCACGGGUCCACCUGAUGAAAUCUUCUAUGUUGUGCUUUAUCAAUACACUGCAAAGGAAGAAGAUGAGCUAUCUGUGAGCCGAGGAGAUGUAGUUCGAGUGCUGGACCAAGAACAAAAUGGGUGGUGGACGGUGGAGAGGAAUGGGUUUAGUGGACUGGUGCCAGGAAACUAUCUAGGCCAAAUUUAAACAUGUAUGCAAAUACAGUAAUUUUCUUUAUAUCUCAGGAGAAAUUCAAUUUAUUUAUAGUAAUUUCAUGAAAAAGAACCGUAAAUCCAAUUCUUACUUGCCUGCCCCUUUACCUUAAAACAGUGGGUCACAAAAUGUGGGCGGGCUAUUUCACUGAUAAUAUGCAACUUUAUUUAAGUAAAAUGCUAUGUGCAUCAUUUUUUAUCGUUAAUAUAAUUAAUCAAAUUAAAUACUGUGGGGGGUGGGGGGUUUAUAGCUUAUGAUAUAGAGCAUGCAAAAAAAAAAACAACAACUUUGAGAACCCCUGCCUUACAAUGAGUUUUAUCAUAAAAUGCAAUAAUUUAUGUUAUUGGUAUCUGAUUUUUGCCCCCAGAAUGACUGGUUUUGGGGGACAAACCCACUGUGAUUGUGUAAACACAAUUGUGCCCCCACAAUAUGCGUGGUAUACACAGAACAACAGUUGCAAAUGCAAGAAAGUAGACACAAAGAAUGUCAACACAUCAAAACAGAUGUCUCAUAUGCUUAAAAACUUGCACGCUUGCAAAGACACACACCAAAGCGAACACAUGCCACACACAAUACAGCCUACAAACACACACAUUUUUGCCAGGCUUUUUUUCCCAAGUGCUCUUACAAUACUGGCUAACAUGAAAAACUAACCAAAAACCUGAAUUAAAAAGGAUAAUUUAGUAAGCAGUAGACUACCUAAGCAAUUAAUGCAAGUUAAAGGAAAUGCAUUCACCAGCUUAUAUCAGCCUCAUUGUUUAAACUGGUUUGGAUAAUCAGUAUAGCUAUACUGUUUAUCUCAUCUUUAGUUCCUAUACUUGUAAUGUAUGACUAAAGAAUGGUUAGCCAUCUACUUUAGAAAACCAAUGAAGAAUUUAAAAAUUCCCUUCAUUCAGUCAAGUUACCAUGUUUUCAACAUGAAUCUGUAUGUUACUAAUAGUAGCAAACUAGUACUGCACCAGUACAUUCUAAGCACUGUAGCAUCACAUACUUUUUUCAUUAAAAUUUGACCUUAAAUGACUUGUGAUAAGAUGAAUGACAAGAAAACAGAAUGAGUACCAUGUGUAAACCACCAGUGGCUGCUAAGUUUAACAGCAUUAAGCAGCCACAUAUAUACAGCGGAAAUGUAUAUGCUUCUGGCUGUCAAUCCUUCUUUGUUUAGAAAUGCAGUUCCUGACUAAACUAUGACAUAGUCUUUUAAAUCAUCCAUUUAUUUGGUGCACAUGUGAGCUGGUGAAAAUAGAGGGCUGGAUUUCUAGUUAUGUGAAAAGGAAGGUUUUCAUAGAACUCUAUGCUGUCCUUAACAACUGAGUACAAAUUAUGAUUCAUUACCUUGUAGAAUCACCUUUAGCAGCAAUACCAUGAAGUAAUCGUUUUCAUGCUUCAUUCGUUUCUCACGCUGUUGUUGACACUGUUGCUCACACACAGCUCUCUUAAGGUCCGGCUACAGCAUUUCAGUCAUGUUGAGGUCUGGACUUUGCAACAUAUUUUCUAUUUCAGUCAUCUUGCUUAUGUGUUUGGGAUCAUUAUCCUAUUGCAUAGCCCAGUUUUGGCCAAGAUUUUGCUGUCCGACAGAUGGCCUCACUCUUGACUCUGGUGUUCUUUGAAAUACAAUGGCUGCAAAAUGAGCCCAAAUUAUCAGCCCUCCAAACCCAAACUUAACAGUGGUAUGGGGUGUUUGCGCUGAUGUGCAGUUGGCUUCCAAUAAAUGUUCCCCUUUGCAUUAUGACUAGGCAUCUCUCUUUGGUCUUGUUCUGGAGGUCUUUUGGUUUGCUCAAAUACAACUUUGCAAACCUAAACUAUUAUUCCAUCUUCUCCCUACAAUUCUUCCAAACAAGCCAUACUCGUUCAGGAA